AUCUCCGUCUCAGCUCUACCACGCCUUUGCCUCAUCUCAUCGCUGUCGACGCAGCCUCGUUCUGUCCUACUCUCACUUCCCCCGGCUGUCUCUGUAGCUUCAUUUCAUAUUUCCAAGCUCAAACGGCCACUCGAACCAUCGAAAUGGCUACCGAACUCUGCCCCGUCUAUGCUCCCUUCUUCGGUGCGCUGGGUUGCACCUCAGCCAUCGUCUUCACUUGCUUCGGAGCCGCCUAUGGAACCGCCAAGGCUGGUGUCGGUGUCUGCGGCAUGGCCGUCCUCCGCCCUGAUCUGAUCGUCAAGAACAUCGUCCCCAUUGUCAUGGCGGGUAUUAUCGGUAUCUACGGUUUGGUCGUGUCCGUCCUCAUCGCCAACGACUUGGGUCAGAAGGUGCCCCUCUACACCGGAUUUAUUCAGCUGGGAGCUGGUCUCGCUGUCGGUUUGGCCGGUCUGGCUGCUGGUUUUGCCAUUGGUAUUGUGGGUGACGCUGGUGUCCGUGGAACUGCUCAACAGCCCCGUCUCUACGUCGGAAUGAUUUUGAUUCUCAUUUUCGCUGAAGUCUUGGGUCUGUACGGUCUUAUCGUCGCCCUUCUCAUGAACUCUCGCUCGAGAAUCGACGCCACCUGCUAAGCGAACGAACCCUAUGCUCGCCCGCCCGCUCGUUCUCUGUGAGACAUGUGCGCGCGCAAACGGCGAGGGCAACGACGAAAUGUGAACAAGAAUCCGCGUAAGCGGUCCCCCGUCGUUGAAGCCUACUGUUCCCUGUGUUACGAACCCGUUUUUAUACCGUGAAGCGCGGAUUUGGUCCAGAAAGCCAUUCCCAAGAAAAACAUGAACUUUUAACGUGAUGUUGUCUGUCUGUGCGUGGUGUUGCUGUCGGAAACAUUCCCUGGGAAUACACGUUGCCGACACGUGGUGGCGAAAGGGGGAAAUGCGUUCUGCUUGAGGUUGCGAGUGAGAGGAGGAAAUUGCUAUUGGAUAGGUAUAUCAAGUGUCCUCUUCUUUUCUUUUGCCCCUCGAGCAGGAGGAGAGAUAUAAUACGUCUGUAGACUAUGAGGAUUGGGAGGAGAGGUGGCGGUGGAGGGCAAUCUUUGUAUCGGUUGGUAG